AUGAAGCUCAUCACCACCAUCACUCUCCUCCUCACCCCCCUCACCUUCGCCGCCGUGCUCCCCACCUCCACCCAGGGCAGCGACAUCGUCCGCAACGAUGGCAUCCUCACCCGCUCCGUCCUCAACCUGUACUCGCGCCUCAUUACUCGAGGAGGACCUAAACUCCACCAUUGCGGCGACAGCGAUUUCAUGGCCCCGUACCCAACCUGCAACGCCGGCGGCCAGCUAUCUGCCAGCACCGCCAGCGCUGCUCUCCUCGGUUCCAUGGCCAUUGGUCUGGUUAUGCUUUGA